AUGGAGAAUAACCAACAUGAACAACAAUCACAACUUCCUGUCAACAGCUCUGAAACAUUACCUACUCAGAAUGGCUUGGAGAAACAAAGUGAAGAAUCAAGUCCUGUACCUCCAUCCCCUGAGAAUGUAGCACAUUCUCUGCCCGAAAUAAAGCUCUGCGAUAUAUCUGAGGAGCUGAGCCGACAGCUGGAGGACAUUAUUAAAACCUAUGGGUCAGCUGCCAGUCUGAUCGAGGAAAGAAAUACUAAAGGAACAGACAAACCUGAGAAGGGAGAAUCAUUUAAUAAUGAUGACGGAGAAUAUGAAGAUGCCCAUGAUGAGGCUGAGAAAGAACAAGCAGCUUCUGGGGAUGCCUCAGGAUUAAAGGAAUCCAGUAUUCAUAAGGAACAGAAACUAGAAAAGAAAAUGCUGAAGGGACUAGGGAAAGAAGCUACCCUGCUGAUGCAACAUCUGAAUAAGCUGAAUACCCCAGAAGAGAAGCUGGACCUUUUAUUUAAGAAGUAUGCUGAACUGUUGGAAGAACAUCGUACUGAACAGAAAAAACUGAAGUGUCUGCAGAAAAAGCAGGCACAGCUUAUCAAAGAAAAAGACCAGUUGCAGAGUGAGCAUAGCAAAGCCAUCCUUGCCCGGAGCAAACUGGAGAGUCUCUGUAGGGAGCUCCAAAGACACAAUAAAACCCUGAAGGAGGAGACUCUUCAGCGGGCAAGGGAGGAAGAGGAGAAAAGGAAGGAGAUCACCAAUCACUUCCAGGGCACACUGAACGACAUCCAGGCACAGAUUGAGCAGCAAAGUGAACGAAACAUGAAGCUGUGCCAGGAGAACACAGAGCUGGCAGAGAAACUGAAAAGCAUCAUAGACCAGUAUGAAGUCAGAGAAGAGCACCUUGAUAAGAUAUUUAAGCACAGAGAGCUUCAGCAGAAACUAGUGGAUGCCAAACUGGAACAGUCACAGGAACUGAUGAAAGAAGCAGAGGAGCGGCAUCAGCGAGAGAAAGAAUAUCUACUCACCCAAGCUGCUGAGUGGAAGCUCCAGGCAAAAAUGCUGAAGGAACAAGAAACAGUUCUCCAAGCCCAGCUUACUCUCUAUUCUGAACGGUUUGAGGAAUUUCAGAAAACCCUGACAAAAAGCAAUGAAGUGUUUGCCAGCUUCAAGCAGGAGAUGGAUAAAAUGACAAAGAAGAUGAAAAAGUUGGAAAAAGAUACAGCUACAUGGAAAUCUAGGUUUGAGAAUUGCAAUAAAGCUUUAUUGGACAUGAUUGAAGAGAAAUCCAUGAGGGCCAAGGAAUACGAGUGUUUUGUGGCAAAAAUUCAAAGGCUAGAGAACCUCUGUAGAGCACUUCAAGAAGAGAGAAAUGUACUAUAUAAAAAAAUAAAAGAAGCACAAUUCCCUGGGGAGAAAGAAGAGGAAGAAGACCAGGCCGUAGAUGAGGAUAGCCUAGGAAAUGAGUCUGGUCUAAGCUCUUCUGUUACAGACCCUGUUGAUGAGUUAUCAGUUGCUGAUGAGAUUGUCCUGAAGGAUCUGCCUGUUGCUAAUGAGAAUGCCUUGAAAGAUCUGGCAACAGCUUUCAUAGUGACCCAUCACAUGGAAAUGCCACUCACAGACACCAAUCAAGAAGUCAACGAAGAAUCACAUGAUCUACAAGCAUGCAGCCCGCUCUGCUUUCCCGAGUCAACAUUACCAUCUCCCAUGCACCAAGACAAUGGAAGUAUUUCUGUGGAGCCAACAGCAUCUGUCCCAAAAGAUGAGCAACAGGAAGAAAAAACUGAAGAGCAACCGGCUCAAAUCCAUCCAGAGCUUCAGUUGCCUGAUGCUGACAUGGAAGGAGUUGAUUAGCAUAACAUAUAGAAGAACCUUUCUUUUGACAAUUCUAUCCUUCCAUUUUUCUCCUCCAGUUGUUUUUACA